AUGAAAGGCGUCUUACUAUUACUCGUGGCGUGCUGCAUGUAUUGCAAAGGAGCUGUUGUAGUUAGAACGAAUGAUGUCCUAAAUGAACGUCCCAUAAUUGGUGUUCUGUCCCAAGAACAGUCAUUAUAUCUUCACACGAAAUUUCCUGAAGAAAAUUAUACAAGUUAUAUAGCAGCGUCUUACGUUAAGAGUGUUGAAGCAGCAGGGGCUAGAGUUGUGCCGAUUCUGAUCGGAAAGGAUCGCAGUUAUUAUGCUGAACUAAUGGGAAAAAUUAACGGGGUACUUUUUCCAGGGGGUGCUACGUAUUUCAAUCAGUCCAAUGGAUAUGCAGACGCAGGCCAAAUGAUUUACGAGAUUGCUAUGGAACUGAAUGAGGCUGGCAAUUAUUUCCCCAUUUUCGGAACUUGUUUGGGUUUCGAACUCCUUAUAAUUUUGGCUUCUGGUCGUGGUGAAAAGGAGAAUAGAAAAAGAUGUUAUUCCUAUCAAAACGAUCAUUUACAUUUCGAAGCAGAUUAUAGAAGCAGUAAAAUGUUCAAGGGUGCGUCAGAACAAAUUAUUGAUAUUUUGAAAAAUCAAAAUGUUACCGUCAACGCUCACCAGUUCUGCAUAGUGGAUGAGAACCUAAAGGCCUAUAAUCUCACCAAAGAAUGGAGGGUUACAUCUUAUAGCUACGACGAAAAUGGAUUAGAAUUUAUUGCAUCUGUUGAACAUAAAAAAUACCCUUUCUACGGAGUCCAGUUCCAUCCAGAAAAGAUUUCUUUCGAGUGGAAAUUAUCAAAGAAUUAUCCUCAUUCCUACGACUCCUUGGUUGCGAACCGUCACUUCAUGGAUUUCUUCGUCAAAGAAUGCAGAUACAAUUAUAAUUCUUUUUCUAAUGCUGCCGAAGAAAAUAAAUAUUUAAUAUACAACUAUUCGCCAAAAUUUACCGGAGCUCUUGGGAGUGCUUACCAUCAGUGCUACCUUUUUGAACCUAGAGGCAGUGUUGCUAGUGCGAAAAAUGACGUUAUACAAAAACAUAAAUAA